GCAAAAGGAGCUGGGAGCGAGCGAAAGCAGCCCCCCGCAGUGCAUAAAGAAGGACCCAGAGAGCACGCAGAGCACGCAGAGCCGGCUGCCCCAAGCGCGCAGCCCGGCUCCGCCCCGAGAGCCCGACGCACCUCGGGAGCGCCAGCAAGCCGGACAGAGGGAAAGGCAAAGCAAGGAAGCCCAGCACCAGCCCAAGCAAGGAGCUAGCAAGCGCGCCGGCCCCGUCGGGAGAGACGACGAUGCCUCGGGCGGCGCGCCUGCUCCUUUUGCUGCACGUCGCCGCCGCCGCCCUGCCUCCACCGGCGCCGUCGCCGCAGCCCGGCAACCCAACGCCGUCGCAGAACGCGGAUCGCGGCGUGCUGAGGAGGCAGGACGCCGCGGUGCCGCCGUGGCUUUUACGCGGCGCGGACCCCGAGACGGUGCGCGCGCUGCCCCUGGACCCCGGCGCCGCGCGUCGGGGCCUGCAAUCCUCCUCCGACGCGUGCGACUACGUCUCCGUGUCGGGCUCCACCUAUCAAAGCGGCAGGCACGGCCUGUACGAAGCGACCGGAACCUGCAGUUCCGCGCCCUCGUACGAGUGCCUCGACUGCAGCAGUUCGGGUCAGAAAAUUUGGUUAAACGAUGCCUGGGUUAUUGGCUCUGCUGGCUGCGGAAGUGGAUCUGGUGGAAUAUUUUCCCCCUCCGACCCGGACGGAGACCUCGCGGCCAUAUCCAGCACGUGGGAGGAGUGGACCGGGAGUGCAAUUGUUUCCAACUCGGACAUCGCGGUCACGUGCUACUCGUAUUGUAAGAAGAUUCCCGGCACGACUGCAAAAUAUAGGUGCUUCGACUGCGCCGACGCGAGCGCCCAGGCGAGCGUCGGUGACGGCCAGUGCGACGUCGCGAACAACGUCGAUCCGUGCUACGACGGCGGCGAUUGUUGCGAGACGACCUGCAUCGACGGCGACACGCACACGUGCGGCUCCUACGACUGCAAAGACCCCGACGCGCCCCCGGUGCCGGACCCGUACUACCCCGACGCCGCGUGGUACCUCAAAGCGAUCAGCGUCCCGGAGGCGUGGGCCGCGGGCUACACCGGCGCUGGCGUCCAGAUCCUCAUCAACGACGACGGCGUCGACAACACGCAUCCGGACCUGGCGAAGCUCGACCUGGCCAACUCGUGCGGCGUGUAUGCCCCAUGCGCGGGAAGUGACGGCGUCUUUGACUCGCACGGAACAAGGUGUGCGGCAAUCGCGGCCGCCGACUCGAACUCGGCUUGCGGAGUCGGCGCCGCGCCGGGCGCUGGUAUCGCGUCGUGCGUCCAAAGCUUUAGCAAUUGCGACCCCGCCGCGAGUGAGGACUCCCUCACGCACAACUACAAUGUGAACGACAUCUCGUCGAACAGCUAUAGCAGCGACGACUGCGAGCGCUACGCCACUUCGGCGACAGACUGCCCGUUCGAGUGUCCCUCGGUGAGCUCGGACGACUGCCCGUGCGACGCGUGCGAUGGCGACGACUGGGCGUCGGGGCAGCUCUCGUCGACCUGCGAGGAUGCUGUCGUGGAUUACUGCACCAGCUAUUUCAACGACGACGUGACGCCCUGUUUGGAGCUGGACCACUACUUCAUCCGGUGCGGCUACGGCCAGAUCUCGAGCUACGCGCACAAUCAGCUCCUUGAGGGCACGACAAAUGGUCGAGGCGGCCUGGGCACUGUGUACGUCUUCUCGGCUGGCAACGAAUACGACCUCGGCAUAGACGUCAACUACAAGAACUACGCGAAGACCCGCUUCACGAUGUGCGUCGGCGCCGUUCACGCCGAUCUUACGCACUCCGACUACUCGACGAGUGGCGCCCCCGUAUUCAUCACCGCGCCCGGCGGCGACGGGGGCAACAUGGCCGUGGCGCGUCCGCUCGCAAAUGGUUACACGGACGACUGCGCCGACGCCGGCCAGGGCACCUCGUUCUCGACCCCUUUGGUCUCCGGAGUCGUUGCUCUAGUUUUGGAGGCAAACCCCAAUUUGACGUGGCGCGACGUCCAGGGGUUGCUCGCCGCGACCGCGCGGACCGACUUCAAUGACGAGAAUGACGAGACCGGCCAGUGGACCACGAAUCAGGCCGGCGUCAAACACAGCUACAAGUACGGGUUCGGGCUCGUCGACGCGCACGCUGCUGUUAUUGCGGCGCAAUCAUGGGCGACCCUGGGCUCCGAAAUAACGCUCGUGACGGCGACGACGAGCGGCGCGGCCCUGCUCGACUUCGACGGCACCGAGCACUGGGUCGAGUCGGAAGCGGCGGAGUUCGGUUCGUCGGACUUUAUUAUCGAGAGCGUCGCGAUCUACGUAACUAUAGAACACCCGCGCCGUGGCGAUCUAAGGAUCGAGCUCGAGCGGAACGGCGUGACCUCGCUCCUGACGGACGAUAAGCUCGAGCUCGGUAAGCGCUACACGAAUUGGAAGUACACCACAUUGAGACAUUGGGGCGAGACCGCCGCCGACGGGGCGUUCACGCUAAGGGUAGCGGACCGCAGAGAGGGCUCGGGCGACGACGACGACCACGAUGCGUUGACGACCAACGACGACGCCGACGACGACGGGGACGACGACGGCGUCCUGGUGAAGUGGACGCUGCAGCUCUACGGUCACGAUGGCGACACGUCGACGGCUUGGACGCCGCAGCCGACACCUCGGGGAGGUUGUGAUUCCGUCGCCGUGUCGGGCUCCACCUCUCAAACCAGCAGCCACGGAACGUACUUAUUUAGCGGUAGAUGCGAGGAUAAGGUCUACUACAAAUGCUCCGACUGCAGCUUCACGCGAUACCUCUGGUUUAACGAUGGUGGCUACUGGGUCAUCGGCCAAGACCCAGACGGCUGCGAUUCGCUCAAUGGGUACAUAUAUAUCAUCUCAAACGAUGACCUCGCAGACGUCUCCGGAAAUUGGAUAGAGUCUACCAGCUCCGGGUGGACGCCCAACUCGGACAUCGUUGUUCAAUGCAAUUCUGACCCGACGCCGCGGCCAUCGCCAGCCUUGUCGCCCGCGCCCGCGCCCGCGCCGACGCCAGCGCCUCUUCCGGCGCCGACGCCGCGCCCGACCCUGUCGCUCGCGCCCGCGCCGACGCAAGCGCCUCUUUUUGCGCCGACGCCGCGCCCGACCCUGUCGCCCGCGCCCGCGCCGACGCCAGCGCCUCUCACGUGCUCCGCCUGCUGGGACCACCCCGUGGCGGCGCUGGACUGCGCGGCGCACGGCGGCCCGCUCCGCUUCGCCGGCGGCGCGAUCGUGGCGAACGGAAUCACGGCGGCGGACGUGUCCUACUUCCAGAAUGCGAACCCGGGCGGGUUGGCUUUGUAUGAGUCGCAGGACGGCGCCUACCCCCUGCUGGCGGCGGGCGACAUGCUCUGCCGCGUCGCCGCGACGGCGGACACGUCGCAAGCGACGGCGCGGUGCUUCACGACCGGGCGGCUCGAGGUCGACGCGCCGCCCGCGGCGGCCGUCCUAGGCACGACCUACUUUUACGGCGACGCCGGGGUGCUCUACGCGGUCCACAACGUCCACACGGACGCCGCCGUCUUCGAGGCCGCGGGCUUCGACUUCGGCGAGCCGGCGGUCCGCGACGUGGCGCCUGUCGACACGUACUUGGUCGGAGUCGCCGACGGCGCCGCGGCGCUGGUCGUCGUCAAGGCCGACUUCACGGGCUACGUGGCGCUCGCCGUCGAGAGCGCGUUGCCGGGCGUUGUCUUCGACGCCGCGUUCGCGUUCGACGAGGGCGUCUACGUGGCCGGGAGCGACGGCACGUUAUAUAAAGUAGACGUUGAUUUAGGGACGAUCGAUGACAAUUGCUGGGCCGAUUCCGGGGAGGCUGCGCCGGCCUGCGCGGCGACGGCGACACUCAGUGCCGCGGGGCCGGCGCCGGCGGGAACUGGCUCCGGCACGAACUGCGCCGGCGCGCUCGAGUUGGGCACGGCGGCGCCGUCGUCGGAACCGGCGCCCACGACGCCGGGACCGUCUUCACGCCCGACCUCCGCGCGGCCGACGGCCCCUACGACCGCGACGUACAGGCCGACGCAGUCUCCCGUCCACAUCUGCAAUGGUGUGAUGCAGACGGCUCCGUGCGGCCCGACGUAUGUUCCUACUCCUUCGCUGCCGACGAUCAAGCCCGUCCCGGCGCCGACGCGCGGAUCCUGCGUCCACAAUAGCGAUCUCCGAUAGAUGGAAACGUCUGUGUUCUGCAGGUAUGCGCCGAGCUUGCUGGCUCCGACAUUCGAGCCCGUGCCAACUGAGGCCGCCACGACCGCGAACGCGCUGGCCUACGCGCCAUCGAACGUACCGUCAUACGAGCCGACGAAUGCGCUGGCCUACGAGCCAUCAAGCGUACCGUCCGAGAGUCCAACCGCCGCGCCGACAGAAUGUCGCGAUGCAUUGACGGCGGCCGUUUGCGCUGGCUACCUGUCUAUCGACGCGUCGGCGUGCGACUCGCUCUUCUGCGCGGGGAUCGCCUGUCCGUACUCCCGCAUGUGCGACGCGACGUGCGGUCUGUGCUACACGGCGGCAGAGCCCGUGCCGGCGCCGACGGCGGCGCCAACGCGGGCGUCUGGCGCGCCCUCGGCGCUGCCGAGCCCCACCCCGUCGCACCCGACGGGUUCGCCAACGUUCGGACGCACGGGCGUCGUCCAGGUCGUCCUCGCGCCGCACGACCGCGACGCGUCAGUGAUUCGCGUCUACGUCGAGCUCAGCGCAGACCUGGGCCGCUUCGUCUCGAUCAUGCUCACGUUGGGCGACGGUGCGCCGCUCGUCGCGGUGCGCGCGGUGGACGACGAAGGCGACACGUGGUUCAAGCUGGACGGGCCGGUGCGGGCGGGCUGGCUCGGCGAAAAACCGCGCGCGCCGGGCCACUGGGCGGACCUCGUCUUUGACGCCGACGAAUUCGACUUUGCGGCCCUCGACGUCGCAGCCGUCGAUAUAAGCACGGAGACGCUCGAGUCGGUUGGCGACAGAGCCCGCGUAUUCUACGAACGGCCUGGCGGCCCGGGCGAGGCGCUCAUCGUCGCUCGCCUCCUAGCCGGCUCGUCCACCGCGCUGGAGGUUUCCGUCGUGGCCGAGGCGACGGUCUGCGCCAUUGGGCUGCGCUGGCAAGCAAAUGUCGAGGCGGUGGCGUUCGACCAAGGCUUCGCCGGCGCGACCGCGGCCGACAACCUCCCAGGAUCAGCGAUCGGGCUGUUUGCGACGGAGAACUGCCUCGCCGGCGGCAAGUCCCAACCCGUUGUGACGCUCCACUUCGCCGACGGGUUCGACGUCGAGAGCUUUGGCUUCCUCGAGAUGACAGUUGCCGACGACGCCGGUGCGGCGCUCGCAGCUUCUUCUCUUUCGCACCUCACGACGGAGGCGGUGUCCGACGCUCCGACGCUGUUGCCUACCGCGUCGCACCCGCCGACGCGCGUGCCGACUAUGGCACCAACAAAGUUUGAACAGUAUUGCGGCCCGGAUCCGGGCGACGUGGACGGAGUAAACGGCGUUGAUGUUACGGACGCCCUUCUUGUCGCGAAGUACACGCAGGGCCAGGACCUGCCGACAGCGGCAUGCGACACGCGCAUCGCGUUUGGCUGCGCCGACGUCAACGCGGACGACGCGACGGACGUGCUGGAUGCGCUGCUGAUCGCGCGGGCCUACGUCGGGCUCGUCGAUCUGAACUGGCCGGGACCUCCGUCAGCGGCGCCGACGACCGCCUUGCCGACGACCGAGGCCCCUACCUUUGCGACGGAGCCGCCAACGGAACGGCCCACCUACUCUCCCUCUGAGCGGCCGACAAGCCCACCGUCGACCGGCAUUCCUUCCUACGAGCCGUCGGCGCAGCCCACGACGCUCUGGGACCCAUCUCCGGCACCUACGGCGCCGUCGUACGCACCAACGGCAGCGGACACGUACGAACCAACGCUCGGCCCUUCGGCCCAACCAAGCUAUCCGCCUUCUGCCCAGCCAAGCUACGAGCCUACGACCUCCGCGCCUACUGAACCUCCGUCGCGCUGGCCCUAUUCCCCGACGCUCGACCCUUCAGCUGCUCCGAGUUCCGCGACGCCGCUACCAAGUACGGCAACGCCGACGACGCAAAGCCCGUCGAUCGCGCCGACGUAUGCGACGAAUCCGCCGUCCUUCUCGCAGCAGCCAUCGUACCAUCCGACGCGGGCACCGAUCCCAUUCCCGACCGCCCGGCCCGUGCCACAGCCGUCUUAUAGGCCCACGCCGGCGCCGCUGCCGGCCCCGACCAUGAGCCGGCCGUCUUACGGGCCGACGUCGGCGCCAUUGCGCCGCGCUCCCUCGUACUGGCCCACGAGAUCGCCGAUCCCGGAGCCCACCGUAAGGCCGACCCCUGCGCCGUCAUACAGGCCGACACCACUGCCGACACUGACGGCGAGACCGACAUUGCCAACGGGUACGCCCUUGGACGACACCACCAUCCGCACGGCAGUAACGGCGUGGUUCGCGGACCAGAGCGCUGCGGAGGCGACGUACGGCCACAUCUCGACGUGGGCGACUGGCGGGGUGACGGACAUGUCGGAGUUGUUUUGCGCAUCAGAUUAUAACUGCGGCUACUUCAACUCGGACGCGGCGUCCUUUAAUGAGGACAUCGGAGCGUGGGACACCUCAGGCGUAACGAGUAUGUCCUACAUGUUCCAGCUCGCCUCGGCCUUCAAUCAAGACCUCAGUGAUUGGGCGGUCCACCGAGUUACGAGCAUGGAAGAGAUGUUCAGUCUCGCCGCAUCGUUUAAUCAAGACCUCAGUGAUUGGGCGGUUGAUAGUGUCACGAGUAUCGCGUCCAUGUUCAUCUCCGCCUCUGCCUUCGACCAGGACCUCGGCUGGUGCUUGGACGACGACGUGGAGAUGGAGGGUUUUGCGGGCGGCGCGUUCGACAACACCCCGUGCGAGUCGACGUAUUGUGGCGUGAUGUGGGAGACCAAUACUGGCGACUGCGACGUAUCGCGCACGGGCAACGUCAUGGUCAACUGGAAAAUUAGAUGGGCAGUUACCGCGUGGCUGGCGGACGCGACGGCCGCCGAGGCGACGUACGGGCACAUUUCGACUUGGGAGACCGGCGGGGUGACGGACAUGUCGUAUUUGUUUUGCGAAAACAAUAGUUGGGGGUCGGUUUGCUACAACACGGGCGCAUCAUCCUUUAACGAGGACAUCGGCGCGUACGAUGUCCUCCAUGUUCUACUUCGCCUCGGCCUUUAACCAGGACAUCGGCGCGUGGGACACCUCCGGCGUCACUACGAUGUCCUCCAUGUUCAUGUACGCCACGUCCUUCGACCAGGACAUCGGCGCGUGGGACACCUCCGGCGUCACAACGAUGCAGUACAUGUUCUACUCCGCCUCGGCCUUCGACCAGGACCUCGGCUGGUGCUUGGACGAUGGCGUUGACUUUGAUCCCGAGGGGCAUGGCUACACCAUUCAAGACGCGUUCUCCGGCACGGCGUGCGCGUCGACGUCGUGCGGCGUCACGCAAGUGGACGACGUCGCAAAUUGCCCGACGCCUGCGCCGACGAUCCUGACGUAUUAUCCGACGCCUGCGCCGACGUUUCUGACGCCAUUGCCGACGGCGGCGCCCACGAAAUCACGGAUCCCGUCAUAUAUGCCUACGAUAGGAGAAGUGCCCUUGGACGACACGACGAUCCGCACGGCAGUAACGGCGUGGCUGGCGGACGCGACGGCCGCCGAGGCGACGUACGGCCACAUCUCGACGUGGGAGACUGGAGAGGUGACGGACAUGUCGUAUUUGCUUUGCGCGAAUGAGUACUUGACUUCCUACGGUUGCAACACGGCCGCGGCGUCCUUUAACGAGGACAUCGGCGCGUGGGACACCUCCGGCGUUACAACGAUGUACUUAAUGUUCUACUCCGCCUCGGCCUUCGACCAGGACCUCGGCUGGUGCGUGGACGACGGCGUGGACCUGGACUACGCGUUCGGCGGCACCCCGUGCGAGGCGACAUCGUGCGGCGUCAUGGCAAAAGAGAACCCUGGCGAUUGUGAUGUCGCGAGCACAGGAAACGUCAUGGUCAACUAUAA